CGUGGGACCGCCCCCUCGUCGCCGGGGGUGGGGUUACGUGUAGGUGACGUGGCCGCUUCUAGUCUGGUAGGGUUUCGGCGGCUUCAGUUCCCGUGGAUUAAGCAGUGACGGCCGGCGAGAUUGGUAGUGGCGGCGGCGGCAGGCGGCAGAGGGGAGUCCGAGGUUAUGCGUCUCAAUGAUCCCGCGGAAACGCUACGGGUCUAAGAACACGGAUCAGGGUGUCUACCUGGGUCUCUCAAAGACACAGGUCCUGUCCCCUGCACCUGCUGGCAGUAGCAGCAGCGACAUCGCCCCUCUACCCCCCCCAGUGACCCUCGUCCCUCCCCCUCCCGACACCAUGUCCUGCCGGGAUCGGACCCAGGAGUUUCUGUCUGCCUGCAAGUCGCUGCAGACCCGUCAGAAUGGAAUCCAGACAAAUAAGCCAGCUUUGCGUGCUGUCCGACAACGCAGUGAAUUCACCCUCAUGGCCAAGCGCAUUGGGAAAGACCUUAGCAACACAUUUGCCAAGCUGGAGAAGCUGACAAUCUUGGCAAAGCGCAAGUCCCUCUUUGAUGACAAAGCAGUGGAAAUUGAAGAACUAACAUAUAUCAUCAAACAGGACAUCAGUAGCCUCAACAAACAAAUUGCUCAGCUCCAGGAUUUCGUGAGGGCCAAGGGCAGCCAGAGUGGCCGGCACCUGCAGACCCACUCCAACACCAUUGUGGUCUCCUUGCAGUCGAAACUGGCUUCUAUGUCCAAUGACUUCAAAUCGGUUUUAGAAGUGAGGACAGAGAACCUGAAGCAGCAGAGGAGCCGGAGAGAGCAGUUCUCCCGGGCACCUGUGUCAGCCCUGCCCCUUGCCCCUAACCACCUGGGGGGUGGUGCUGUGGUUUUGGGGGCAGAGUCCCAUGCCUCCAAGGAUGUCGCCAUUGACAUGAUGGACUCUCGGACCAGCCAGCAGCUGCAGCUCAUUGACGAGCAGGAUUCCUACAUCCAGAGCCGGGCAGACACCAUGCAGAACAUUGAGUCAACAAUUGUUGAGCUGGGCUCCAUCUUUCAGCAGUUGGCACACAUGGUUAAGGAACAGGAGGAAACCAUUCAGAGGAUCGACGAGAACGUGCUAGGAGCCCAGCUGGAUGUUGAGGCCGCCCAUUCAGAGAUCCUCAAGUACUUCCAGUCAGUCACCUCCAACCGGUGGCUCAUGGUCAAAAUCUUCCUCAUCCUCAUUGUCUUCUUCAUCAUCUUUGUGGUCUUCCUUGCUUGAACCCUCUCCACUCUGAGGCACUCCGUUGGGGUUUGGGACCCUCCUGGGAAGGCAAGUGGCCAGUGCUGCCACUGAGCCUGUGCAGGGUGCUUGGGAGAAAGGCCCUGUUUCCCUGGAACUGCAAAGAAUGGCCACUGCCCCGAUCCCCCACCCCUUGCCUCUGGCCACCCUGUCCUCCCCCCACCACCCUCAGGCCUAUGAAACACACAGGGUUCUAGAUUUGGACUCUGCUGUGAAGUGACUGGAAGGGAGCAGAGGCCAGCUGGGGGCCAAUGGGGUAGGUUGUCUCCACUAGGAGACUUUUAUAAACCCUCUCUAGCCUCUCCCAAAGGAAACGUUGGCAGCAAAGGGAGAUGAUGCCCUUCCCCACCUUCCUGUGAGUGAAGAGAGGAAGCAGCCCCAGGGACCAGUUUUCCCAAUUGACCUCUUUCUUCCUCUUUCACCAUGUGAGGCAGGGAGCCCUGAGCCCUUCAGCUGCCUGCACAACCCCUGACAUUGGCUGCUGGUGACUCUCAAUCUGCCAAAUGUGCUGCAGCCCGUUUUCUCCCAAUUACAGCAAGACUGUCAGCCUCA